AUGCCCGGAGCCACUAAACGUCGCGCCGAGCCCGAUGCGGACCUCACCAAGACAGAGUUCGAGACGAGCGAAGGCGUCGAAGUGGUGCCGACAUUCGAUCAGAUGGGCCUACGCGAGGACCUCGUCCGCGGCAUCUACGCCUACGGAUUCGAGAAGCCUUCAGCGAUUCAGCAGCGCGCCAUCAAGCCAGUUAUCGGGGGACGUGACGUGAUCGCACAGGCCCAAUCCGGAACGGGUAAAACCGCCACCUUCUCCAUCUCGGUGCUGCAGAUGCUCGACGUUCAAGUUCGCGAAACACAAGCACUCGUCCUUUCACCAACUCGCGAGUUGGCAACGCAGAUUCAGAAGGUCGUUCUUGCGCUCGGCGACUACAUGAACGUGCAGUGCCACGCGUGCAUCGGAGGGACCAACGUCGGAGAAGACAUCCGCAAGCUCGACUAUGGCCAGCACGUCGUUUCCGGAACACCCGGUCGCGUCUUCGACAUGAUCCGCCGCAGAAAUCUCCGCACCCGCUCAAUCAAGCUGCUGGUGCUCGACGAAGCCGACGAGAUGCUGAACAAGGGAUUCAAAGAACAACUUUACGACAUCUACCGCUAUCUGCCCCCGGGCUGCCAGGUCGUGCUCCUUUCCGCCACACUUCCCCACGAGAUCCUCGAGAUGACGGCCAAGUUCAUGACCGACCCCGUCCGCAUCCUUGUCAAACGUGACGAGUUGACGCUGGAGGGCAUCAAGCAGUUCUUCGUCGCCGUCGACAGGGAGGAGUGGAAGUUCGACACGCUCGUCGACCUGUACGACACGCUGACCAUCACCCAGGCGGUACUCUUCUGCAACACGCGCAGAAAGGUCGAUUGGCUCACCGAGAAGAUGAAGGAGGCCAACUUCACCGUUUCCUCAAUGCACGGAGAGAUGGAACAGAAAGAACGCGAGCAGAUCAUGAAGGACUUCCGCGCCGGAACGUCGCGUGUCCUGAUCUCGACCGAUGUGUGGGCCCGUGGUUUGGAUGUGCCGCAAGUCUCCCUCGUCAUCAACUACGAUUUGCCCAACAACCGUGAGCUGUACAUUCACCGCAUCGGCCGAUCAGGUCGUUUCGGACGCAAGGGUGUUGCCAUCAACUUUGUCAAGAACGACGACGUUCGCAUCCUUCGCGAUAUUGAACAAUAUUAUUCUACUCAAAUCGACGAAAUGCCGAUGAACAUCGCGGAUAUGAUC